AUGAAGACGCACGUCAGAAGCACGUUUGGAUCAGAUCAAAAAAACAUGGACUGGAUAUUCUAUGCGACGCCACAAGUCAUUGGGGGAUGCAGAUGCAAGAACAAGACACAACAGAACAGGGAAUCUUACAACCAAUCAGUCACAAGGUUCCUUCUGAGAUCACUCGCUAAGUCAUCCAUCAGUGGCGUCAACAGUGUCGUAUCAGCUAAGAAUCCAUUGCAGAGGGUAGUGUGGGCAGUGGUGCUCGUUUGUUGCCUUUCCGGCUUCUCCUAUCAAACUUAUCAUUUCACCAAACUUUACAACGAGAAGCCCUCCGUGGUGCAGAUUGAAGUUGAAAACGACGGUUUGGCUGAAUUCCCAUCAGUCACGUUCUGUAAUACCAACAGAGUAAGAAGAAGUAUGUAUUGUGAUUUUUACAAGGAGAAAUGUAAGGAAAAUCCAAACCUGACAUUGUCAGAGAAAGAAAUCGGAGAUAUAAUGUUCGAUUUGAUGAGAGAGGGAAAAUUCGAGAAAAAGAGACUCCUCGGACAUGCGGAAGAUAUGGUCCAAAGCUGCAUUUUCAACGGAGAACCUAAACUGAAAGAAGAAGAAUGCCGAGAGAAUCUUCGGUAUAGUUAUGAUCCAGAUUAUGGCAACUGUUACACAAUCCCAGCAGAGAACAAAGCUGGAGAAAUUCUGCAAGCGAGGGAAGCGGAUUUUUGGCAGGAGGCGAAUGAUCUUUCAGUUUUGCUUGACGUCGAGAGUUCAGAAUCAAUGGAGAAAAAACGUUACCCUGGCAUUAUUGUUACGGUUCAUGACAGAAAUUCAUUGCCAGAUGUCCACACAGAUGGCAUAACAAUCGCUGGGGGAUCAACGUACUACUUGGCCAUCGCAAAGAUGACCGUUUUGCUAUUACCACUCCCUUACAAGACUAACUGCACAAAUUAUGAAGAAUUGCCGUGGGAUGAUGACCCGAAAACUAGAGUCACUUCAAGGCUUUGUACUGUUGGGUGCUCUCAAUAUCUACAACGAAAGACAUGCGAUAAUUAUGUAACAAAAAAUCUAAGCUUGUUUUAUGAAAAGCUUCCGUACGAUCAAAACACUGUCACACAAGAGCAGGUAACGUGUGCUGCAGAGGUUGAAACGAGUACUCGAGACUACUGCAGAUCAAUAUGUGGAUUACCAUGCAAAGACACUGUAUUUGAAGUAUCUGAAGUCGAUACAGUUUUAACAGACACAGAGUUUUAUAAUCAUCAUAUACAUUCUCAUAUGAAUCGAUCCUGGGAGGAUAAAAUGAAAAACCUGGCUACGGUGAAGAUCUUUUACUCUACACUGGAACAUAAAAAGUAUAGGCAUUUACCAAAAUACAAUACAAUGGAGCUGUUCAGUUACUUGGGAGGAUACAGCGGAGUAUGGUUAGGAUUUUCCCUCCUCACAGUCUACGAACUGAUAGAGAUAAUCUGUACAACAGUUCUGUUCGCCAUCCACAAACACAAGCACAAGACAAUGGUUAUCUCUUCUCUCUUCAAACAGAAGAAAAAGAAGAAAAAGACAAGACACUCCGUUAAAUUUUAUUAAUCUGUUCUAAUUCAUGUUUUAACCAAUAAAUAUCCAUGUUCUAUUAAUGUUCUAGACACUAAAUAUACGAAUAGUGA